AUGGCGAACAAGCGGAAGGACUCGCCUUCUAAAGGCGCAGCAGAUAUUCCAAAAUUUACAAAACGCCAAAAGACAGGUCCUAAGGAACCUACUGCUUCCAAGACCCCUGCACAGCAAGAACCUACCGAAGCAUCGACAAUGCAAUCUUCGCUGCGCAAGUCGAAUAAGGACGAACCGUCGUUCCCACGUGGUGGCGCAUCGGCAUUGACGCCUUUGGAGUAUAAGGAAGUAGUUAACGAAGCUACUCGAGAAGCUUUAUUUGAAACAAAGGCGGAGAAGGCGCCAACGGCGGCCGAUAAGUCGCCUAAGAAGCGUCGCACAUCUGCAGCUAAGGGGUCGUCUUCGAAGAAACAUAAGAAGGGAGAAGUCGAAGAUGAAGAGCCAGAGAUUAAGAUCGAACAGCUGUCUUAUAAGAAACUCGUACAAGGGCAGCUAGUAUUCGGGUUUAUCUCGAAAAUUACAAAGAAGGAUGUUGCGAUCGCCCUACCGAACAAUCUUGUCGGAUACGCCCCUCUUACAUCCAUUUCCGAGCAAUACACCAACCAGCUCCAAGCCAGUCUAGAACAAGAUGAAGAUGGGAUGGAUAUUGAUAAAGACAACGCCGAAGAAACCGAGGCUGAAAUCCCAGGACUGGAUAUGUUGUUUGAAGUAAACCAACCUGUCAGAGCCUAUGUGAUGAACGUCUCGACUGGCGGCACCGGUUCCGGUGAGAAGAAGCAGCGCAAACAUAUCGAACUUAGUCUUCUCCCAACUCUUACGAAUCCUGGGAUCACAAAGACCGAGAUUGUCAAGGGAAUCACUCUCCAAGCUUCCGUUAAAAGUAUUGAAGACAAUGGUUUCAUUAUGGACCUCGGGUUGGACUUUGUGUCAGGGUUUAUGGGCAAGUCAGACUGUGGUGCGCCUCCAAACACCAUCAAAGUUGGACGAACAUUCCUCUGUCAUGUCCUUGGUCUAGCUAGCGGUGGAAAGGUUGUACAAUUGGCCUCUGAUUUCCACAAGAGUAUCAAGGGAAAAUCUGGAAAGGAUGCAGCUGUCGGUGAUGGACCUACAAUUGAUUGUUUCCUGCCAGGUACCAUGGCUUCUAAGGCUUUGGUCACAGACGUACAAGACAACGGACUCGUCUGUACGGUCAUGGGAUCAAUCGAUGUAACCGUCGACCUCUUCCAUUCUGGUUGCUUCUCUAGUGAAGUCCUCCAAACCAAAUACAAAGCAGGAAAUCAUCUCACUGUCCGUCUCUUGGCUUCAAUCCCCGGAUCAGAUAACAAGAAGUUUGCUGGCUCGCUCUUAACCCAUGUCAAGGAAAUGGGACCACAAACUCAAUCUGGCAAAUUGGCACUAUCGAAACUCCCUAUCGGCGCGAUAAAAUCGGAUGCCGCUGUGAAGCAUAUCAUUCCUGGAGUUGGGUUGAUUCUUAACAUCGGGUUGGGAAAUACGAUGGUGUUCGUUCAUAUUUCGAGGAUAUCAGACAAGAAGAUCGAUUCGAUAUUGACAACCGGCCCUUACAAAGUGGGUAGCAAGCACGCGAUCCGAAUUCUGGAUUAUAACAGUAUGGACGGGCUUCUGCUCGCUUCCAUGGAGCCGAAAAUCCUAUCGCAAAGAUAUCUGAGGAUGGAGGAUGUUAAGCCAGGCGAUGUGGUAAAAGGGAAAAUUUCUAGAUUUGUUGGAGGUGGUAUGUUGGUCGAGGUUGAAGAAGGCUUAGAAGCAUAUGUACCAGAAAUGCACAUGUCCGAUAUUGUCCUUCAACACCCAGAAAAGAAGUUCAGGGAAGGAGCAGCUGUCAAAGGCAGGAUUCUGCGCGUUGAUACUGAUUCGCGCAGGAUCAAGAUGACGCUGAAGAAGGCGAUUGUCAACUCGGAAGGCCCCGUAUUUGCGGACUACAUCGAUGUUGAAGAGGACGAGGAAACCCCUGGCACGAUCGUCAAGUUGAUGCCUACUGGUGCCAUUCUUGAGUUCUAUGGCGAGGUUAGAGGUUUCCUACCAGUUUCUGAGAUGAGCGAGGCUUUCAUCAAGGAUCCUAUGGAACACUUCAAAGUUGGACAAACCUUGAAUGUCCAUGUUAUAUCGAGCGACCCAAUGGAAAAGAAGGUUCGACUAUCGUGCCGAAGCAGCCAGGCCGAUUCAAGCAAAGAGAAGGCAGAAGCGCUACAGAACAUCGCUCUUGGAAGCAUUGUUGAAGGUUCUAUUAUUGAAAAGUCCAACGACGAUGUCGUCUUGAGUCUUCAAGAUGGUAUCAAGGGUUUGAUCGUCCUUGGUCAACUAACCGACGGUUCCAAGGAGAAGAAUCUAGCAACAUUCAAAAAACUCAGAGCUGGCCAGAAACUCGUCGACCUCGUUGUUCUCCGCAAGGAUGAAAUGAGAAACAUUGUAUACUUAUCUUCAAAGCCAAGUUUGGUCAAGGCUUCCAAAUCUGAUACUUUGAUCAAGAGCUUUUUGGAUGUUAAGAUUGGAAGCGCCGUUGCUGGGUUUGUUAAGGAGAUAACUCAUUUCGGGGUCUUCGUCGCCUUUAUCGAUGGGAUUACUGCUCUGCUGCCACGCAAGGCUCUACCAAAGGAGGUCGAGGAUUUGCCGGAUUUUGGCUACCACAGACUGCAGUCUAUUACAUGCUAUGUAACGGACAUAAUUCCUUCUAGGGAACAAUUCACACUGUCUCUGCGCCCACAGCCUACAGUUGAAGCGCCAAAGCCAAAGCCAAAACCAGUCGAAAAGUCGCAGACUGCCAUUUCUACAGCCCUUGUCAACCCUGUUGAUACCGGAAUCUCGACGAUCGAAGACUUAGAAAGAGCUGAUAUUACUAAAGGCCGAAUCACAGCUAUCAAACCAACCCAAAUAAACAUUGAUCUUGCCGAUAAUGUCAAAGGGCGGGUUGAUGUUUCUGAAUUCUUCAAAGAUUGGGAUUCCAUCAAAAACAAGAAGCACCCUCUUCUGCGACAAGGCCUUGCUGUUGGACAGGAAAUCGACGUCAAAGUUAUUGGAAUCCAUGAUGUCAAGAGCCACAAAUAUCUCCCCAUCUCCCACCGUGUCUCCGGAAAGCUGCCGACAUUUGAGCUAUCAGCCAAGCAGGUCACUGGCAAAGCAAACAGUUUGGUUAAAUACUCCGAUCUAAAGAAGGAAGAGACAUACCUCGCAUUCGUCAAUAAUGUCCAACAGGAUCAUCUCUGGGUGAACCUCUCCCCUUCCGUUCGCGGCCGAGUCAAGCUUUUGGAAAUCUCUGAGGAUGUCUCUGCCCUUAGUGACUUGGAAAAGCAUUACCCCGUCGGUACUGCACUUCGAGUCUCUGUCCUUGAUGUCAACGUCGAUACUGGAAAACUAGACCUCACCGCAAGAUACCUGGGUGGCAAUAAACCUCUCGAUUGGUCAAGCAUCAAAGAAGGAAUGAUGAUCCCCGCCAAAGUCACCAAAAUCUCCGAAGGCAAGGUUAUCGUACAGCUCAGCGAAACCAUAUUAGGAUCUAUUAGUCUUGCGGACAUGGCCGACGAUUUCGAUAAAGCCGAUGUCAAGAAUUUCAACACGGAUAGCAUCGUCCGUGUAUGCGUCUUGAGCGUGGAUCAUUCGAAUAAGAAGAUUCGUUUGUCGACUCGUCCUUCUAGGAUUCUUGAUUCUUCAGCUAAGGUUCGUGAUGUGGAAGUUAAGUCUGCAGCGGAUUUGAGGGUUGGGGGUAAGUAUCGUGGGUUUGUUACCAAUGUCGCGGAUAAUGGAGUUUACAUCCACCUUGGUGGCACCGCUGUUGCCCGUGCAAGGAUAUCUGAUCUUAGCGACGAGUUCGUCAAGGACUGGAAGAAGGGUUUUACAGUUCAUCAGUUGGUUAAGGGUAAAAUCAUGUCUGUUGAUCUCGACACAAACCAGAUCAGCAUCAACUUGAAAAAGUCGGUCCUCUUAGGAACGGCGAAGAAGACGAUUGCAGACUACAAGGAUGGCGAAUUUGUGGACGGACAUGUUCGCAAGGUUACGGAAUACGGAUGUUUUAUCGUUAUAGAUGGAUCGGACAACGUCAGCGGGUUAUGUCACAAAUCCCAGAUGUCAAAUGAGAAGGCCGAUGUAGAUCCGUCGAAGCUCUUCGGGGAGGGUGAUUUGGUCAAAGCAAAGAUCUUGAGCGUGGACAGGAAAAAAGGAAGGAUCUCAUUCGGGUUGAAAGCCAGCUACUUCAGAAAUCUGCCUGAUGAAGAACUUGUUCCAAAGGAAUCUACGGAGGAACAGUUAAUCAUUUCAGCGGACGAGGACGAAGAAAUGGAAGAUGAGGAAGAAGAGGAAGAAGAAGAAGGUGGUGUUAAGCUUGACAGCGCCUCCACCGCUGCAGACGGUGUAACAAUCACCGGCAUCGACCGCCCCUCUACUUCUUUCUUUUCCAAAUUCAACAAACCAAACUGGACCGCCGACGCCGCGGUCUCCGCCAUGGACGACUUGUUCCCCGAUGACGCCCCCUCAGACUCCGAAGACGAAGGGGACUCCACCAAGAAGCAAAAGAAAAAGAAAAACGCCAUCAAAGUCGAUCUCACAGGUGACCUUGACACCCGUCAACCACAAUCCGCAUCAGACUACGAACGUCUCCUCCUCGCCGACCCUAACGACUCCCUCCUCUGGAUGUCAUACAUGGCCUUCCUCGUCGCCAACGGGGACAUCGUCACCGCCCGCGCCAUCUCCGAACGUGCUGUGAAGAAAAUCGACCACCGAAAAGAGGACUCGAAACUCAACGUCUGGCUCGCAAGACUCAACCUCGAACUAGAAUUCGGUACCCCCGAGACCCUAGAAGUAGCCUUCAAAUCCGCCUGUCAAUACAACGACGGCAAGAAAAUCCACCAAGGUCUCGUCAGCGUCUACAUUCAAACGGGUAAACACGAACAAGCGGAUGAAUUAUUCCAAUCCAUGAUCAAGAAAUUCUCUCAGGACGAAAAGAUAUGGAUAAACUACAUGACCUACAUGAUGGAAAAAAACCGCGGUGAUGACGCAAGAAUCAUGUUAUCGAGGGCUUUACAGGCUAUUCAAGAUACAAAGGUUCAUCCCGGUUUAACCCUGAAAUUCGCACAAUUGGAAUAUAAAUCCGGUGAGAUCGAAAAGGGGAGGACGUUGUUUGAAAAAUUGUUGUCGGCUUAUCCCAAGCGAUUGGAUAUUUGGAACGUAUACAUCGAUAUCGAAGCUAAACAGGAAGGAGGUAUCGAUGUGGUCCGACGACUAUUCCCUAGAGUUUUGGCAACGGGCAAGUUGAAUGCUAAGAAGGCUAAUGGGGUGUUUAAUAAGUGGAUGGAGUUGGAAGAAAAAUUCGCACCGGGUGAUAAGAAGAGGAAGGAUCAUGUGAUUGCUCAGGCGGUGGAGUAUAAGAAGAAGUUGGUGGAGGAGAAGGAGGCGAGGGCGGAGGCCGGAGAGGAUGAAGAAGAGGAUGAGGAUGAUUAUUGA